AAAGUGGUAGAGUUGUUAUAAAUUCAAGCACAUUCUAAGAAGCAGGAGUUAGUACUGGAAAACAGUAACAAGAUGCAUUUCCCAUUGAUUAUAGUAUUCAGCUUAAUUAUUUGUGGAUGUCAAGUACUAAGUCAAACUAAUACUUAUGAAUAUUCUGAUCAACAUCCAUGGUCACUUGUCUAUACCUUAUAUCCAUUUUAUAAUUCUGAAACAUUACUGGAAGUGUGGAAGGGAGAUAAAACUGUUGAUAUUUCAACCAAUGUAGUAACUUUAGCUCCACAUGAACAAGAACAAACAGUUUUAUUUUCUGAUGAUAUUCAACAUAAUGGUACAAAUUUAAAAUCACAAAACAAUUUAUCUUAUUUUUUAAGCGAAACCAAAAAUAUAAAUAAUGAGCAAUUAUCAAAAAACAGACUUUCCAAUUAUAGAAACAGACAUAAAGAUACAAAUCUUCAAAAUGAGUAAAAAUCUUCAAAGUAUUUGGAUUUCAACUGGAUUUUAUGAUUUAAAGGAUUCAUAUAUUUAUUCAUAAAAGUAUAAUUUUAGAUAUUAGUAUUGCUAUAUCUUGCAUUACAUUGUGAAACAUGUGCUUGUAGAAAAUUGUAUUAAAAUAAUUUAUAU